AUGCCCCCAGUCCGUACAGCGCGUGCCUCGAAGAAGGCCCCACCAGACGGCUUCGAAGACCUGGAAGAUACACUCCUCGAAUUCCAGAACAAGAUGAAGGACGCUGAGAAUGCAUCGCACGAGGGCAAGAAGAAGUACGAGAUGACUUGGCCCAUCUUCCAGAUCACCCACCAGCGCUCACGAUACAUUUACGAACUGUACUACGAAAAAGAGGCCAUCAGCAAGCAGCUUUACGACUAUCUGCUCAAGAAUGGAUAUGCAGACGCCAUGUUAAUUGCCAAGUGGAAGAAACAGGGCUACGAGAAGCUGUGUUGCACCAGGUGCAUUCAGACCAAGGAGACGAACUUCAGGUCUACAUGCAUUUGCCGUGUGCCAAAGGAGCAGAUGAAGGAGAAUCAGGAUAUUCAGUGCGUAAACUGUGGCUGUAGGGGAUGUGCCUCGAGCGAUUGA